GGAGGUCAACCCGUCUGCUACGACCAGUGGAGCGACUCAACCUGGCGCAUCAAGUGGUGACCAGUGCCAACACAAGAGCUUCUACCAUUUUAUAUGGAGAAAUAUUUGAGUGUUCAGAACUAUAAUAAACACACAUGACCCCCGCACCACAUAAAUUUGUACAACAAUACUAUAAAACUUGGCUCAUGUAGCUAUUAGGAUACAUCCUCUCGGCUGUUCCUGAAGAGAUUCGACCAACAUGUUGCUGUUCAUCGCUCUGUUGCUUCACGUCUUCUCCGGCGUUGCUUCUAGUAAUGAUUCUGGAGAGCCAUCUAUCUGUUCAAUUUUGAAUUAUUCGGGAGCUCACAAUGGAAGCAAGUAUUUUCUCUCCAACUUUUACUACAUGUACAUACAACAAGCUCUAGAUGUAUGUUCAUCAUGCGGCAUGUACCUGGUAGAGGUCAAUGACGAAAGUGAGUUCAGGUUUGUGCAAAAAAUUGCCAGGGAUUCCAAAACCGAAAGUCUUCUGCUUUCUGGUUCUGACAAGAUUAAAGAAGGGAAAUGGGUCUUCCCAAACAAUGAACCGGUCAAUUUUAAAGAGUGGACAAACGGUGCCCCAGACGACGCUGGCACUGUAGAAGAUUAUUUAGCCAUUAAUCGGCCUAACGGCUAUAGAAUGAAUGACGUGAAAGAUGAACCAGCUUAUAUUUACAGGUUCCUUUGUGAAAGAGCGAUUAACUCUGAAGAUGUGCUUGACCAGGUUAAAUAAAAUUGUAACUUUUUGUCAAUCAACAGAGAUUUAAAUUAAACAUUGAUUUU